GUGGGCAAAUCAAGAAAAGCAUCGAACAUCUUCAGCCUCUCCUCAACGAUAAGAAAAACAAGAGGUAUCUGAUUUCCUCCUCCUCACAUCCAAUCAUUUCUCCCUUUGCGCUUCACGUCCACAUCUUCGCCAUUCCCAUCCACCGUUACAUAAACUCCUUUUCCCCCCCUCUCUCACAGUUUCCUUGUCUCUUUGCCUUCACAACUUACAACUCAGCCUCUCCACUCUCUUUCUCUCUUCGCCUCCAAAUGGCUUCUGCCACCACUUCCACCACUCUUUCCCUCCUCAAAACCACCGCCUCCACCACCUCUUCCUCCGCCUCCCGCUCUUCUGCAUCCCUCAUCCGCCUUCCUUCCACGCGCCGCCACCUCAAGUCCUCUCCUCUCAUCCACAGCCUAGGCUUCUCCUCCGCUGCUUCUGGGGACUCUCUGCUUUCCCUCCAUGUCUCCUCCAAAGUUCGAUCUUUCAAGGGAAAAGGGUCAAGAGGGGUUGUUUCAAUGGCCAAGAAGAGUGUUGGGGACUUGACUGCCGCUGAUUUGAAAGGGAAGAAAGUGUUUGUGAGGGCUGACUUGAAUGUUCCAUUGGAUGAUAGCCAGAACAUCACUGAUGACACCAGGAUUCGUGCUGCUAUUCCCACCAUCAAGCAUUUGAUUCAGAAUGGAGCUAAAGUCAUUCUCUCUAGCCACUUGGGGCGGCCAAAGGGUGUUACUCCAAAAUUCAGCUUGGCUCCUCUUGUACCCAGGCUUUCUGAAUUACUUGGCAUUCAGGUUGUCAAGGCUGAUGAUUGCAUUGGUCCAGAAGUAGAAAAGUUAGUUGCUGCACUUCCUGAAGGUGGCGUUCUUCUUCUUGAAAAUGUUAGAUUUUACAAGGAAGAGGAAAAGAAUGAACCUGAAUUUGCAAAGAAGCUUGCUUCCUUAGCUGAUCUCUUUGUCAAUGAUGCAUUUGGGACUGCACAUCGAGCACAUGCUUCAACAGAGGGCGUUACAAAAUUCUUGAAGCCAUCAGUUGCUGGUUUCCUUUUACAGAAGGAACUAGACUACCUUGUUGGUGCUGUUUCAAUCCCCAAAAGGCCUUUUGCUGCCAUUGUGGGUGGUUCAAAGGUCUCUUCCAAGAUUGGAGUCAUUGAAUCACUCCUUGAGAAAUGUGACAUUCUCCUUCUUGGUGGUGGUAUGAUUUUCACAUUUUACAAGGCACAAGGCCUAUCAGUCGGUUCAUCCCUGGUAGAGGAGGAUAAGCUUGAACUUGCAACAUCACUUCUUGCAAAGGCCAAGGCAAAAGGAGUGUCUCUUUUGUUACCCACUGAUGUGGUUAUCGCUGACAAGUUUGCCCCUGACGCAAACAGCAAGAUUGUGCCAGCAUCUGCUAUCCCUGAUGGCUGGAUGGGAUUGGAUAUUGGACCUGAUUCUGUUAAGACAUUCAAUGAAGCUUUGGAUACUACCCAAACCAUCAUCUGGAAUGGACCAAUGGGAGUGUUUGAAUUCGACAAAUUUGCAGUUGGAACUGAGGCUAUUGCAAAGAAGCUAGCUGAACUUAGUGGCAAGGGAGUGACAACAAUCAUUGGAGGUGGAGACUCUGUUGCUGCUGUAGAAAAGGUCGGAGUUGCUGAUGUCAUGAGCCACAUAUCAACUGGUGGUGGUGCCAGUUUAGAAUUGUUGGAAGGGAAGGAGCUUCCAGGUGUGAUUGCCCUGGAUGAGGCUGUUCCGGUUGCUGUUGCCAAACUGUGAAACUUGAAGAAGACAGGGAUAUGAUACCUUCUUAUUACUUCUAUUUUGAGCUGUUGGUGUAAAUUAACCCCAAACUUUCGAUCAAGUAGAGAUUUAUGCUCAAAUUGUUACCAGAACCAGAUAUUUACUAUUGUAAGCAUGAAAAAUUGCUCUAAGCAUGUGAAUACAAAUGAACAGUGGUUUAACUUAA